CUAUGAAACGGUUUUGAUGGGAGUUUGUUUUGUUUUCUUGUAACGAAAUAAAAGUAAUGACAAGUUUUUUUUAAUAAAUGUGUUGUGUAAACGUAGUUUUAAUUAACUCUUAGCUUGAAUGUUUUUAAUAGGGUAAAUUAAGUCGUGGUGAUAAAAAGUUGAAGAAAUGCCGAAGUUAAGAGUAACAUCACCGGCGCGGUCGCAAGGCGACAUAGCUACUCCUAAACGCAAGAAGUCUCGUGGGAGCCGGAGUUUAUGUUCCCCAGCCUUAUCUACAGCUUCUGGAAGGCUCACGUCACUUGUAGACCAGUUUAGAGACAAGAAUAUGGAGUCUUUCGCUUUAUCGCCAUUGAAUGGCAGAUCAGUGUUGACCGAUGAUACUGAUAUACAGGAACCAAGACGUAAAAGUUGGUGGAAAAAGUUAAAUGAAAACUCUCAAGAUGUUAUGGAAGUGUUGGAAGAUAAUAAAGUGAUGGAAGCAAAUGAUAUAAUUGAGGAGUUCAUUGAUAUUGAAGUUUUAAGCCAAGAAAAAAAGAAUUACACACUAGAUUUACCAGAAAGCAGUGACAAUGAGUCAAUCAACAGCAUUGUACUGCCACAGCGAAAGCUCUUCACUCAAAAAGACUCACAGCCUGAGAAAAAGUUUGGCCAACUCGGUGGCAAUAGGGAAACAUUGGCCAAGUUACACAAGACCAACACCACCAACAUUGACAAAACUGUGAAUGUUGGUACUAGAGAGCUUUUUCAAAACAAAAGAUCUAAACCAGUAUUCCCUGCGGCGCUUCUCAGCAUGUCUCCAAAUAGAACAGCAGCUGAUAAAACAAAAGAUAAUCUCCUGGCUGAACCCAAACCACAAGUCAGAAGUAUUUUUGGUAACCGACCCGCUAACAAACGUAAGAACAUGUUUGCGGACUUCAUUGUGUCUGAAAGUGAGGAUGAAAUCCCUGAGAUACAGCCAAAAGUGUUUGGCUUUCAAAAGAAGCUUGAACAAAGACGGGUUAGUUCAGUUUCCAAAGGCAGAGAACAUUCUCCAACAUCUAGCAUUACUACUGACAUUGAAAUGGAUGAUUGGAACAUGUUACCAUCUUCCACGAUGGUUGACAAUCAAUUAGAAGAAAUGGUGGCAGGUCAUACACCAGUUAAACGAGCUAGACUCAGUAAACUGUCUGAAGCUAAGGAAUCUGAAUUAGGAACAAAUACAAUACAAUCAAACUUAACUGCAGAUAAAACUAAACAAUCAAACAAAUCUAUCUCCUCCAAAAAUAAGUCAAAAAUUUCACCGUCUAAAGAACUUGAAACUUCUAGGACUACAAGAAGUAUGACAAAGAAUACAUCCGUAAACGAAGAAAUAAAUACUUCAACGAAGUCAUCUAAAGCCAAUAAGUCUAAAAACAAAACUGCAAACAAGGAUAAAUUGGAUGUUUCUAAUGCCGAAAAAUCUCAAAGACAAAAUAAAAGUAAGACAAGAAACAGUUCAAAAAUCGUGGAUAAUGACGUCAUAACAGAUGAAAUGGAUGCUCCAAAUGUUAUAAAUAACGCAACACGGGUAAUCAACAAAUCAACCUCUAAAAAGCUCUCAAAUAGUCAAGUUUCCAACAAAAGUCUAAAACAAUUGCGUAAAGAGGAUGACUAUGAGGAAAUUGUCAAAGAUGUAUCAAAUGAGGAUGAUGAUGAAAAUAACAUCACCUUGGAAUAUGAAGGUGAUGAAAUGGAAGAAGUAGUAGUACAAAAACAACAAAUGACUAACACAGAAAAUGUAGACGAAAUAAUAAAUAAAUCAAAUAAAAAUACUACUAAAACUGACAUAAAUAAAUGUAAGAGCCAGGUAGUUAACGAAAGUAACGAAACUCUUAAACAAAAACAGAAAGCAUCUAAAGUAAUUGAAGAGUCUGUAGAUUCUCAACAAUCAAUGCAGGAUAAUGUUGAUGGUAAUUUAGAACAACAAGACAGUGAACAAAAUGGCAAUAAAGAAAGCAUUGGUGAAGUAAAUGAAGACUUAAGUAGCAAAGCAAAUGUAAGCGGAAAAGAAAGUGAUGUAUCUCAUGAGAAUCAAGAAAAUGAUCAAGAAGGUGAUGGCAGCCAUUAUGAUGACGAUCAAGUCGAAAAUGACGAACAAAAUGAUGAGGAAGAAAAUGAAAGCCACGAAAUUGAAGACGAAAAUAAUGUAAGCAAUGAAUCCGACCAAGAGAUCGACAAUGAUGCCAACGAGAGCCAUGAAGUUGAGGCUGAUGAAAGUCAAGUUGUUGAAGAAGAAAAUGAUCAAGAGGAUGAGGAUAAAGCUAAUGAGAGCCGAGAACAAGAAGUUGAACAAGAUGAAAGUCACGUUGAAGAACAUCAGGAAAGUGAUGAAGGGGAACAAGAAGCUAAUGAAAGCCAAGAAGUUGAUCAAAGUCAAGUUGUUGAAGAAGAGAAUGAGAGCAAUGAUGAGGCCAAUCAAACAGUGGAAGCUGUAGAAAGUGAAGAGGAAGUCGAAAAUGAAGAGGCAGCAGUAAGUGAGGAAGAGGCUGAAGAAAGUGCAGAAGAGGCUGCAGAAAUUGAAGAAGAGCCCGUAGAAAGUGAAGAAGAGGCGGCAGAAAGCGAGGAAGAACCAGAAGAAGCCGAAGCAAGUGCAGUUGAAGCAGAAGAAAGUGCUGCCGAAGAAGCAGACGAAAGCAUCCAAGCUGACAAUAAUGAUAGUGAAGUUGAAGAAGAGAAUCAAAGUCAAGAAGUGAAUGAAAGCCAAGAAAUGGACGCAGAAGACAAUGAAGCGGAGAGUGAUACUAAUGAUCAACAAGUGGAUGGCGAUGAAUCUGAUGAAGCUGCCAGUGAUCCGGAAAUGGCCGAAGAUAGUGACCAACGCGAGAUGGAAGUUGAUGAAAACGACCAAGCUUCCAACGAAGCUGUAGCAGCAAGCGAACAAAACGAAAGCGAACCACUCGAAGAAAAUACAGGACAAAGUACAGAAGAAAUUGAAGAAUCUCCAAAUGUUACCCAUGAUACCACAGGCAGACAUAGACAUAAACAGGUCAAAUCACCCGAAGCAAUCCUACACGAUAAGACCAACCAAAUGGAUUCCUUCACUGUCAGGGGCCGAAACACAAGCGUCCGUAAAACGAAAAGCAUGAUCAAAAACCUUGAUAUAAGACCUAGUUUAGCACCAAGAGAUAGCAUUGGCUCUGAGGGUACCAGAAACUCAAGUGCCGAAGGUUCUGGCUGGGACUCCCACCGGACAACUAGAAAAACAUUACGACAGACUUUUGGCAAAGAUUUUACUCCUAGAAAAUCUCUUCGAGCGAUGGUUAUGGAGAAAUCAGCGAAACGACAAACUGAACUUCUGGAUACGCAUUCUGUGACUGCAAAAUUCCCCCAAGCUAAUUCUACUGAGUUUGCAGAAGAUUCUAACAGGGAUGUUGCAGAUUUUGAGUUGUCUGACCAUGAGAUAUCUAAGAGAACGAGACAGACUACGCUAGAGCUGUACCUACAGAAGAUGAAGCAGCAAAAUAUUGAAAAGAAACUUAAAAUGGAAGAAGCAGUAAGAAAUUCCCUUAAAGCUCCAGUUAGAGACACACUCAGUCUUUUUAAAGUCCCAUCCAAGCCCGCGCCGCGCCGCCCGAAGCCGACCCAGAGCAAACCAAAGAAACAGAUCAAGUCUGUGAUAGCAUUCGACGAGUUACCCACAGAGGUUAUUGAGGAUAUGAAGUAUAAGCCGCCGAAGAGAUUCCAGCCGACCAACGCAUCUUGGAUCACCAAGAGAUUGUACAAGUUCUUGGAGAAUAAGCUGGAACCAAACUAUGACUACAAAGCCCGGGUUCGAGCCGAGAAACUCGUAGAGACGAUAUACCACUUCGCGAAGGACCUCCGCCGACAUGACGUGGCUCCCUCCGACGCGGUCGACGUGCUGAAGCAUGAGUUGGCGCGACUUGAAGUCGUCAAUACGCACUUCGAGUUCUACGAGUUCUUCCAUGAGUUUAUGCCCAGAGAAGUUAGAGUUAAGGUUGUUCCAGACAUUGUCAACAAAAUCCCGCUACCUCGUCACGGAGUAUUCUCCGCCAUCUUACGUGGCAACACUGUGCAAGGAUAACAGUAUUUUCGUUCACCAUUUCUGAUUUAAGUUUUAUGAAUUAGUUUGUUGAAUAUGAAUUGAUAUUAAUAAAAUAAUUAUUAGUUUGAUA